AUGCCGCCCAAGAUGACCUUAUUUUAUGACUGCGUGUCUCCAUGGAGCUGGAUUCAGAUGGAAGUAUUGCUUCGAUAUGAGAAAUUCUGGAAUGUCGAACUUGUCUUGGAGCCCUUCUUCCUUGGCGGUGUAAACAACAAGACUGGAAAUGUACCUCCAGGCACAAAUCCAUUCAAGGGUGCUUACAUGAACAAGAUCUUGGAUGUUGCAAGAGGAAUGUACGAGAUGAAGCUCAAGGGACCAGCUUUCUUCCCUGCUGUUACUAUGAAAGAAAUGAGAGCCCUACGAGUAAUCAAGCAUCGCUACACGCGUGAUACUUUGGUUGAAUGCUCACGAGAAUGCUGGAGAUGCUAUUGGGAGGAGGGUCGUAACCCAGAGAAGGACGAAGAUUUGAUUAUUCAUCUGGGUCGUGUUCUUGGCCAAGACACUGUGAAAAAGAUAUUGGCAGAAGAUAUCACAAAGGAAAUCAAGGAUGAGCUGAUUGCCAUCACCAACGAGGCUGUAGACACAUAUGGAGCCUUUGGUGCUCCUUGGACCGCCGCAGUGAACGAUGAAGGAAAAACAAUGUCCUUCUUUGGGUCUGACGUGAUGGAACGACUUGCAUUCCAUAUGAAGAAGGAGUACUUGGGUCCAUUCCCUGAACGAGAAGCUGCAAGACGUAAAGCAGCUUCACCUCGAUUAUAA